AUGACUUGUUCAGCUUUUGAAUGUUUGUCUGUCUUCUGGAAAGCCUUUCCCUACACUGAGGGUAUAGAGGACACAGAUAGUCUUCUCAUUGCUGUAUCAUCCCAACAUACAGUGAAUACCGAAUUGGAAAAACAGAUUUCUAAUGAGGUUGAUAGUGAAGAAAUGAAAAUGUCUUCUGAAGUGAAGCAUAUUUGUGGUGAAGAUCAAAUUGAAGAUAAAAUGGAAAUGACAGAAAACAUUGAAGUCGUUACACACCAGAUCACUGUGCAGCAAGAGCAACUGCAGUUGUUAGAGGAACCUAAAACAGUGGUAUCCAAAGAAGAAUCAAGGCCCCCAAAAUUAGUCAUUGAAUCUGUCACUCUUCCACUAGAAACCUUAGUGUCCCCACAUGAGGAAAGCACUUCAUUAUGUCCUGAGGAACAGUUGGUUAUAGAAAGGCUACAAGGAGAAAAGGAACAUAAAGAAAAUUCUGAGCUUUCUACUGGAUUGAUGGACUCUGAAAUGACUCCUAAAAUUGAGGGUUGUUUGAAAGAUGUUUCAUACCAAGGAGGCAAAUCUAUAAAGUUAUCAUCUGAGACAGAGUCAUCAUUUUCAUCAUCAGCAGACAUAAGCAAGGCAGAUGUGUCUUCCUCCCCAACACCUUCUUCAGACUUGCCUUCACACGACAUGCUGCAUAAUUACCCUUCAGCUCUUAGUUCCUCUGCUGGAAACAUCAUGCCAACAACUUACAUCUCAGUCACUCCAAAAAUUGGCAUGGGUAAACCAGCUAUUACUAAGAGAAAAUUUUCUCCUGGUAGACCUCGGUCCAAACAGGAGGCUUGGAGUACCCAUAAUACAGUGAGCCCACCUUGCUGGUCCCCAGACAUUUCAGAAGGUCGGGAAAUUUUUAAACCCAGGCAGCUUCCUGGCAGUGCCAUUUGGAGCAUCAAAGUGGGCCGUGGGUCUGGAUUUCCAGGAAAGCGGAGACCUCGAGGUGCAGGACUGUCGGGGCGAGGUGGCCGAGGCAGGUCAAAGCUGAAAAGUGGAAUCGGAGCUGUUGUAUUGCCUGGGGUGUCUACUGCAGAUAUUUCAUCAAAUAAGGAUGAUGAAGAAAACUCUAUGCACACUACGGUUGUGUUGUUUUCCAGCAGUGACAAAUUCACUUUGAUUCAAGAUAUGUGUAUAGUUUGUGGCAGUUUUGGCCAAGGAGCAGAAGGAAGAUUACUUGCCUGUUCUCAGUGUGGUCAGUGUUACCAUCCAUACUGUGUCAGUAUUAAGAUCACUAAAGUGGUUCUUAGCAAAGGUUGGAGGUGUCUUGAGUGCACUGUGUGUGAGGCCUGUGGGAAGGCAACUGACCCAGGAAGACUCCUGCUGUGUGAUGAUUGUGACAUAAGUUAUCACACCUAGUGCCUAGACCCUCCAUUGCAGACAGUUCCCAAAGGAGGCUGGAAGUGCAAAUGGUGUGUUUGGUGCAGACACUGUGGAGCAACAUCUGCAGGUCUAAGAUGUGAAUGGCAGAACAAUUACACACAGUGCGCUCCUUGUGCAAGCUUAUCUUCCUGUCCGGUCUGCUAUUGAAACUAUAGAGAAGAAGAUCUUAUUCUGCAGUGUAGACAACGUGAUAGAUGGAUGCAUGCAGUUGGUCAGAACUUAAAUACUGAGGAAGAAGUGGAAAAUGUAGCAGACAUUGGUUUUGAUUGUAACAUGUGCAGACCCUAUAUGCCUGCGUCUAAUGUGCCUUCCUCAGACUGCUGGACUUCACUUGUAGCACAAAUUGUCACAAAAGUAAAAGAGCUAGACCCAUUCAAGACUUAUACCCAGGAUGGUGUGUGUUUGACUGAAUCAGGGAUGACUCAGUUACAGAGCCUCACAGUUGCAGUUCCAAGAAUAAAACUGUCAAAACCAAAACUGAAAUUGAAGAUUAUAAAUCAGAAUAGCGUGGCCAUCCUUCAGACCCCUCCAGACAUCCAAUCAGAACAUUCAAGGGAUGGUGAUGUGGAUGAUAGUCGAGAAGGAGAACUUAUGGAUUGUGAUGGAAAAUCAGAAUCUAGUCCUGAGCGGGAAGCUGUGGAUGAUGAAACUAAGGGAGUGGAAGGAACAGAUGGUGUCAAAAAGAGAAAAAGGAAACCAUACAGACCAGGUAUUGGUGGAUUUAUGGUGCGGCAAAGAAGUCGAACUGGGCAAGGGAAAACCAAAAGAUCUGUGAUCAGAAAAGAUUCCUCAGGCUCUGUUUCUGAGCAGUUACCUUGCAGAGAUGAUGGGGUUCGGGCCGCGGGCCCCUCCCCUCGCCCAGGCACACCUUGCAGAGGAGGGGGCGGCGGGGACAGGACCCGGGUCUGUGCCUACGCACACCCUCGCGGGCCAACCCCACCCCCCCGCCGGGUACCUGUCACGGCUACUGCCGCGGCGCGCGCCCGCCAGGUUAAGCCGGAUGGCGGGAGGAGGGGUGCGGGGCACGGGGUGCGGGGAGGGUGGCACGGCGCGCGCGUGCGCAGGAGUCGCCGAGCAAGAACUGGUAGUGCGCGCGCUCGCCGCUCGCUCGCGUCCCGGAGGCGGAGUCUGCGGCGGCGGGAGGAGCAGGGGCGCGCCUAUGCUAGUCACCGCCGGACUCGCUGCGCCCUGGCGGCUCUAGGGACCCCUGGCGCCUACACUUAG